AUAGCAUAGAGUCAGACUCAGGUUCCAUUCCAAGCUGUAUUUGUUGAUUUGUUCAGAAUAAGCUCUUACCUGAGCGAGACCUUGCAUGCGCUCAUCGCAACUACGAAUUCAAUAUUUACUAAGCUACGAGACUUAGAUCGAGUAUACUCGCCUUACACGAUCGAUCAGUCGGGUAUAGAGAAGCUUCUUGACCCUGUUGCAUCUUAUAUAGACUUUUUGAGCAAUCUUGGGGAAUCUGAAAUACAUCGGAGCAACUGAUCUUUUUUCCCCCUCUGGUGUAAUUUACUUGUCAAUGGAACAAUGUCGGCGGUAAGAGCGUGGACAUGCCGAUGCGAUGCCAAUAGGUGCUAUGCGCAAGUGCUGUUGAUUUAGUGGGGCAGGAGAGAUAGAUAUGGAGCAGGAGAGCCUUGAAGACGGGAGGGAGGCUGAAGGAAAACGUCCUGUCAUAUCCUGUACCUACGUCGGAGGCUCGGAGCUGAAGGGACCGCCCUCCGGAUGGCAAACUCAGAAGCGAUGCGAAUCGUUCAACCUUCUCCCUGAAGAUUUAUUCCCAACGUUCUGGACCGCAUCAACUAUUGGUUGCAUGAAUGGACUACUACAGUACUACUGACUACUGUGAGAGGCUGGCAGUGGAAGUGCUCUGCUGAGCUGGAUUAUCUGGGUGCAGGGUACCUCGGCAGGAAAGAGAAUAGCGUCUGACGGUGGAAAGCUACAGCCCCAAGCGAGAUGAUAGCCUGUCCGGCAGCCACUCAGGGGAUCCUCCCCUCGCUCCCCUCCUGCCCGUCUUCCUCUUUCAGGUAAGAAUUGAAGCCAAAGAGCAGCGGCUGGAAGGCAAACCUCAGGGUCUCGCGCACUCUCAGCACGCCUGGUUUCCUGGAAUAGGAAAGCCUGCCGCCAGAUACCGUGGGUGACAUGGACAUGGACAUGGACAUGAUCCUACUACUAAAGUAGAGUAGAUGCUUUUAUCCUAGCAUGCUUUUCCUCUUGUUCUUGUUCUCGUUCUCCUUUCUCCCCCUGAGAUCGUCGACGUCAGGUCUUAAAUGACUCUGCACAGUACAGUACAACCUUUGUCUGUUGUAUCUUCAGUAUCGUCGCUGCCCAUCGCGGACAUCAUACAGGAUGUUUCUGAAGGGGCAGGGCCGUCGCUGGCCUCUCAUUCUCGCUUUGCUUGUCUUUCUAAGUACCCUUGUCUAUUUUCACAAGCAACUCAUUGCUCUCCCCCUGCCUCGAAUUCAGAGCCCUCUGAGAAGCAGCUCAAAGAUAGGCUUUCCAAGCAACGUCGACACACCCCUGAAUCCAGAUGGGACGAAAACACACACUGAAGUAUACUCCGUGUCUACCAAAGACAGGAAAUAUUUCCAUGUACAAUUCGGCGGGCACAAGACUGCGGCAAAUACCAAUAUCAUCCCACAUCCGCACUUGAACGAUACCUUCAUAAUCGUCGCUCAGAAACCCCCAAGCAAGAUCCCCCACACCGUCUGGUUCGCCGAGCUAGUAUGCAACGCUCAAUUCAAGAACGGCAUAAUGGAGUGCGUCGAACCCCCCGCCAUCCUCCCCAUCGCCGCCACAGCAGGCGACAGAUGCAAAGGCGGCAAAAUCGACUACUUCAACAACCUCGUCGGCCCUCACGACGCGCGCGUCUUCUACGGGCCCAAGAACCCCUACGUCAUCUACGGCAGCAACGGCAUCCAAACCGCCUGCCUGGCGCAGUGGAUGGAGGACUUCCGCCUCCUAGUCGACUGGGGCCACGAGUACUACGAGGAGACCAAGUUCCGCGUGGGCACCGAGCUGCACCGCCCCGAGGGCAAGUACAUGGACAUGGAGAAGAACUUCUUUGCCUUCUGGGACAACAGCGGGAACAUGUACACCCACUACGACAUCUAUCCCAAGCGGGUGUUCGCCAAGGUCGAGUACGACGGUACUGUUGGCCCGGAUCUGGCGCCCCUGGCGGCGGAUCUGGAUAGCAAGUGUAUGGCUGCGAGGAUGGUGAAGCUCACAAACGAGAAGCAGGAGGGUUUGCACCAGGCUACUAAUUCCCUGUCUAUCACUAUGUGUAACCGGUCGGAUCCUACUUGCAAGGCUGAGGAGUCGAAUACCUUCAUCUUCAUCCUAUACCAGUAUAAGAGCUUCUUCCAAUAUCACGGGCAGUACGAACCGUAUGUCAUGAUCUUCAGUCAGCAGCCGCCGUUCCAAAUCCACGGUAUCUCCAACAAGCCGAUCUGGAUCUACGGUCGAGGUGGGCCUGGCACGGGCAAGAUACCGAAGAACAUGGGCGCGAAGAGUAUUGCGAAGUGGAAGCAGACCGAGAUGCUGUAUGUCACGAGUAUGAGCUGGAAGGAGAGGGGCAAGAAGUAUCAUGGUUUCUUAGAUGAUAUCCUGUUCAUUGGAUUCGGCAUCGAGGAUGAGGUCGCUGGUGGUAUCGAUAUCAAGGCUGGUGAUUUGUUUGCUGAUAUGGGGUCUUGUCUUGGGACGUGAGAGCAGGCAUUUGGGGUUUCUGGGGCUGUGAGGUGCGUUGGAUGAUUGGCGUUGGAUAUAUCGUUGGUUUAGGUUCAGAUAAAGCACAUGUAUAUAUGUAUGUAUGAAGAUAGGGUGGUUACGUGGCGUUCUGGAGACAUAAUAGACAAAAUAAAGAAUAUACCUUUAUAAUGCC